GGUGUCUGGUAUCAAGUACACCAAGCACCGCUUGUAAUGUCCAGCGAGUGGCGCUAGUGCAACUCUCCGGUUAGUGCAUUGUUCUUCUGUUGACGGAAGUCCUCACAGAAGAAGAGAGGAGCUACGAUGGUGCGUGUGAAGUCCAGGUAUUUACUGUGUGAAGUCAACGUGUCAGACAGAAGCCGCCUGUUGCUGCUGGAUGACAGGGCUGUUGCAGCGGCAGUGAAAGCAGCGGUGGCCCGAAUACACGGGGACUAUGGGGCAGCUCUCUGCAGCAUCAGAUUCUCUGUGAAAUAUCUGAAUGCUCAUACUGGAAUAGUACUCCUGCGUUUUCCCAAAAGGUGUUACAAACUCCUCUGGUCUGCAUUGCCUUUCAUUACCUGUAUUGAAACUCGUGGGCACAUAAUCCCAUGCUUUCUGAACUGUUUGCAUGUGGGAGGAACAAUUAGAACAUGUCAGAAGUUUUUGAUCCGAUACAACACCCAGCAGCUACAUCGAAUGCUCCCGAACUGCAAAAACGAAGGUAAGGGAUUCAAUGGACUGCUGU